AUGGUGCUUUUAGAGCCUCGCCUGGGGUCUUUUGGCGAAUGCCUCAACUGCACAGCUUUCGAUUUGUAUGACAUCUUCAGCUUUGAGUCUUCCAACCGCAUGCAUCCGAUAAAGUUCCGAGAUGCUUUUGCCAACAAGGAGAUCUGCGCGUUUUGUCGACUACUCGCGCAGACAGCACGCAAAUUCACGCCUCACCAAGUUGUUGACCAUCGAGAGGGAGUACAGGUUACAUUUUCCUUCUCUUUACAGCAUUUUCAAGACACCGCGGCAGAGCUGGGAAGCCGCUUUCUGCACGUUACUAUAUAUCCACCUCCGUCGCCUCUGGAUAUGGAUAAGGAACUUACAUUCCGCCUCGUCCCUUUAUCAGAGUCAUUGCCAGAGUCGUUAUAUCAUCGCAUUGACCAGGAUAAGAUUGACCUCGAUAUCUGCCGCAAAUGGGUCACCAAGUGCGAACGCGAGCAUAAUAGCCAAUGCGGCGCCUUUUCCAGCCCAACGCACUCUCGCCCAGAAUCAUCGUUUCGCCUAAUUGAUGUCGUGGAUGAGUGCAUUGUAGUACCGCCACCCAGCUGUCAAUAUGUUGCUUUAAGUUAUGUAUGGGGCCGGACUCAAUAUUUACAGUUGAAUAGCCAGACCGCGCCUAUUUUGGCUGAAAAGGGCAGUCUAUUCGCUCAAGAAACUCCCGUUGGCCAGACCAUCACGGACGCCGUUACGGUGGUGAAGGGUCUGGGCGAAAGGUACCUCUGGGUCGACCAACUCUGUAUCAACCAAGACGAAUCUGACAAAGCCAUACAUAUCAAGUCGAUGGAUAGGGUUUACGGGGCUGCCUUGCUUACUAUUGUUGCAGCUGAUGGCAUCGAUGCAAACGCCGGUCUUCCAGGCGUUCGACCUGGAACACGGACUCGAAACAUAAAUCAGCUGCAUGAAGAUAUUUGGCCAGGCUUUUCCAUUGCCACCGCUAUUGACCUCCCCUUGGAUCCAGCCGGUUCAGUCUGGGGCUCUAGGGGAUGGACUUUUCAGGAGCAGUUACUGUCUAGGCGUUUGCUACUAUUCUACCAAGGCAGCGUCUUUUGGCAAUGCCGAAAUGCACGUUACUGUGAGGAUGCACCAGCUUUGAUUAAAGCCGAGGCCGAACAAGUACACUGGCUCGAACAGCUGUCGCCUCGUUGGGCACAAGACAAGGCUCCGCUGCAGCACAUUGAGAAGCAGUGGGAUGGAAAUCAAGAGGAUUAUGUGCCGGCUCCCUUGUGUCGUCCCGUCGUCUUUACCGAAUAUGCAAGGGCAGUCAAGGAAUAUACUAAACGGCGGCUCACUUUUUCUGACGACAUCAUAAACGCAUUUGAGGGAAUCUCGAGCCAAUUAAGUCACCACAUGGGAAACAAUUUCCUGGCUGCUCUUCCUGAGAGCUAUAUGGAUAUAGCGUUGCUGUGGACUCCGUCCGUCUUACAAACUCGUCGGAAAAGUGAACAAACACGUUUUCCUAGCUGGUCGUGGGCUGGCUGGAUUGGGCAGGCAGAAUAUGAUGCUCCUGGCCCUGAUGGGAAAGAAUGGAUAGAAUUGACUACAAAGUGGUAUGUCAAAGAUGGACUGACGGCACCUCGUCUAGCAAACGGCGUCGGCAUGGGCAUUGAUGAAGUACCUCUCGGCUGCAAUCUCAGCACCAAUGCGCUCUGCUGGGAUCCUAUAUUCGAGUCUGUCGGAGGGCACUCUGGUACGCGACCUGAAGUCGAGCUGCCCAAUAUGCAAGGCCCAUAUCUCCAAUUCUGGACGAGCUGUUCAUUCUUUACUAUAGUUCACAGAAAGUGGCGCGACCCAGAAUCACUCCAGAUGAAUUCAUCCGUGAGAAAGCCGAUCCAUGCGCAUAUCCACUGCACCAAGGGCAGCAAGCGUCAACUCGCAGGAUACCUGAUCCUCAACGGCGAGGGGCCCAACGAAGUUAUGCAAGGGAAGCAUGAGUUUGUAGUUCUUUCUGGGGCGUUGGCAAAGGGGUUUAACUCCAUUACUGGAAAUGUGACGUAUUCAGACGAGGCGGAAAUGUAUAAUGUUAUGCUGGUUGAAUGGGAUGACCAGCGUCAGAUUGCAAGUCGCUUGGGUACCGGCAGGAUAUUCAAGGAGGCAUGGGAUAUGUCUCUCCCUACCAUUCGAUGUAUAACCCUUGGUUGACAUUUCUUUUUUCUUUCUCUAUCUACUAGAGGUCAAACUUUUUUUUUAUCUCAGACAUUUUUUUUAAGAUAUCCAAUAAUGAUCACAUCAAGCCAGAGGC